ACCCAAGGAACUAGGAGUGGCCCGCCUUAAUGGUGGUGGUGCCUGCCUGUAAUCGCAGGUUCCAGGGCAAGGAGGACGAUCCCUAAUUUGAGCCCAUCCUGGGGAGUUCAGUGACACUGUCUCCAAAAAGGCUGGGGAUGAAGCUCAGUGAAAAGGCCAUGGGUUCAAGCCCCAGUACUGCAAACAUGAACCCAAAAGAGCGACAGACCAGAGACCGCAAACCAAUAGCCACCGCUUCGUGGGCGAAGUCAAUCAGUUCGGAGACUGAGCCUUCCGAGGUCCAAUCGGCGUGGAGACACGCCGCUCAGACCGGGCUAAUCAGUGGCGCGCCUACGAUGGGCUGACCAAUCGUGGACACGCCCGCACCGAUGGACCAAUAGAAAGGCGACUUACUCUUCCUUUCCCGAGCGACCGGAACGCGGGCGGCCGAAUCUCCCGCCAAUAUUCCCUCCGCCCGCGAAGGCGCGACCAAUCAGCUCUCGGACACCCGCGGCGCCGGCCGCCUGCAAGCCUGUGGGGGCCGAUAGUUCCUUUGGUUUUCCUCGGCGAAGCUGGCGCCGUCGUCCGGUUUUCCCGGGAGGCAGCCUUCGACUUUGAGGUCCCGCGGUUCUUCACGGCCUUUGGGCCUUGGUCCAAAUCCUGUUCUUCCGCAAGGCGCGAGCUCUUGCGUGGGCUUCCCCCUACCGGUGCGAGCAUAUUGGUUUCGCCUUGCCCCGCGCGCGGGAGAGCUGAGGGGCGGGGCCUAUUGCUCAUAAGGGCGGUUGGGGGCGGAUCGCGCGCUGAGAUCGUCGGCGUCGGCGCUGAGGAUUCUUGUUUCCGCCCGCCACCGCUAGUCCUCCGCAGUCGGCCAUGGCCUGCCGGCCGCGAAGUCCGCCUAGUUACGCCAGCCCGCCAUCUUCCGCGCGAUGGAACCUCGGGCGUAAGCGCAGAGCCGACGGGAGGCGCCGGAAACCAGAGGAGGACGAGCACCGCGUCGAUCACAGGCCCGAGAGCUUUACCACUCCUGAAGCCCAUAAGACCCGAUCUAGAUGCUCAGACUGGGCAAGUGCAGUUGAAGAAGAUGAAAUGAGGACCAGAGUUAACAAAGAAAUUGCCAGGUAUAAAAGAAAACUCCUCAUAAAUGACUUUGGGAGAGAGAGAAAAUCUUCGUCAGGAAGUUCUGACUCAAAGGAGUCUACCUGUGCAGUGCCUGCUGAUGUGGAGACGGAUGAAAGUGUCCUCAUGAGAAGACAGAAGCAGAUCAACUAUGGGAAGAACACCAUUGCCUAUGACCGCUAUAUUAAAGAAGUUCCUAGACACCUUCGACAACCUGGCAUCCAUCCCAAGACCCCCAAUAAAUUUAAGAAGUACAGUCGGCGAUCCUGGGACCAGCAGAUCAAGCUCUGGAAGGUGGCACUGCACUUUUGGGACCCUCCUGCUGAAGAAGGAUGUGAUUUGCAAGAAAUACACCCUGUGGACCUGGGGGAAAUGGAAACUGAAUUCAUAGAAAGCAGCUCUGAGUCCCAGGCGAGUUCGCAGGAUAACUCCGAUGUUUACGCUGGAACACCCACCAAAGUCAGACACAUGGACUGCCAAGUAGAAGAUGAAUUUGAUUUGGAAGCUUGUUUGACUGAACCUCUGAAAGACUUCUCCACCAUGAGCUAACUGCCACCUGGCAGCCACUGAGAGAAAGUUGCCUCUGCUUGGCCUGGGGAAGGCCAGCCCGGCACAACGCAUUUAGUAUGCACUUCUGCCUGGAUGGUGUCUCUGUUAAUAAUUCACAUAUGAUGAGUUGUUAUUCUUGCCUUAUUUGUACAGUGUAUGUUCUGCAUGUUUUAAAUUGUCAGUGGACCUUAAUCUGGGGAAGGUGAUGCAAUCUUGAAACAAGCAUAGUUGAUUAAUGCAUGCUGAGCUCUGUGCUUCAAGUCAGACUCACAAGUAUACUUCAGCUGCCAGUCACUGCUCGUCUGGUGGGUUGCGAUCUGACUGUGGAUUUGUGGGCUCAGUGUAGUUAGUUUUGUCUAAGGUGUCUGAUAGUAUCCUCAGAGGCAGAUGCCUCAGGUGACUUCUUGAAUACUUACUUUCCGGUCUUUUAUCAGUAUGUCAAACUAAGUUUUAUUUCUCAUACAGAACUCUGAAAGUCAAAGAUGUUAAAUUGGACCAUUAACAGGUUUUUAUAAGUUAUAUAUAGUUUUAAUUUGGUACUUGUAAAUAGCCCUAGUUAGGAUCUUAACUAUAGUACCCUGGGAGUUAAGGCAACACAGAUUUAGAAAGAAUGUGUUUUUUAAAAAAAAAAUUUUUUUUUACGGUCAGUUAAUUUACCAUGUAAAAUUGCUGUAAAUGAUAACAUGUACAGAUUCUCUGUUCAGAUACUCAAUUGUAAACUUAAGACUGUUGUGUUUCUAUUGCUUUUGUAUGAAAUGAUACUGCAAAAUAAAAAAGAAACGACCUUGUUUAGCCGAUUGAUAA